AUCAUGGAGCAGCCGACCAUUGUGGAAGAGGAAAUGAUCCGUCUUGCCUUUGACAAUAUAAACAUUGAUGACGUCAUAUUACCAGAGUCUCGCUUGGACUAUACCAUCUUUCGGAUUACUUCUCCAGAUCCGUUUGGUGCGGUAAAGUCAGCCUGCACAAUGUUAAACUCAACCAUGGUCGCAAUGGUGUCUUCGACAGGCUGCGAGACAAGUCUCGCCCUCCAGUCGUUAACGAACUCUUUCGAUGUGCCGCAUAUAAUCGUGCCGAGCGAGGAGUGUCCAAUAGAGAAACACAACAGUUUUACAGUCAACGUGCGGCCUAGUUUACUAUACCUCAGCGAGGCAACAUUGGAACUUGUAUGGAGUCUAGCGUGGACUAAGAUCUGCAUAUUCUACGAUUCAGAAACAGCUUACAAAAAUGUACAGCAGUUCCUGCACCUAUCAACAGAGUCCGACGACAAAAAGCCACCGGAAGUGACGUUAUUCCGGCUGGAUGACACCGAGGAUUCCAGCACCGUGAUUGCCAUCAUCCGAGUCCUCCACAAGGCCAAAGACUCGGAAAUUAAAAACAUGAUCACAUUUUGUAACACAGCAAAUAGUAUGAAAAUUAUACGGCAGGCUGCCCUUUUUGGGAUGACUUGUGGCAAAUUUAAGUGGAUAGUCACUACACAGAUGAGCGUAGACAACGCUGUCGGAUCGCUGGACUGGGACACAUUGGUGGAUGACGAACCCGGAGGUUUCACAACUACCGGGGAAAUCAUCGAAGAUGGCGGCAUGAGGUUCCUAAACGGAUCUACGGGGAUCGUCACGCUCAUUAAACAGCAGGUCAAAGUUCAAAUACAACCUCAGGAGUUCUACAACGCUUGGCGGAUACUGUACGAGGACGUCGACCGUGAGAACGACGUGAACGCCACGUACCUCUCCCCUGGGUACCUCAACACGGUUCAGUUCAAAGCAGCCUACAUGUACGACGCUGUGCGGGUCCUCGCGGUGGCCUUAGACGAGCUGGUAGAAAGAGACAAGUACAUAGAACCCGAGAGUCAACAAUGCUACGAGAGUAAGCCUCGAACGUGGAAAGGAGGCACCAGACUAAGAAAGCUCCUUCACAGGACGGAAACGAAUGGACUGAUGGGUAACAUUCGAUACAACCACACCAACCUGAAUGAUGAGAUCGCUGUGGAUAUCAUCACGGUCGAAAGUCGGCUGAAUCAAACCAAGGCAUGGAAGAUUGGAUCAUGGGACCCGGACAAUCGACUGAAUUUGGUCAAAACUCCCUUUACGCGGAGUUUCGAGCCUUUCAUCAGUAACAAUACAACCCUGCGUAUUGUAACAGUAGUGGAGGCACCCUUUGUCAGCCGGGAUGAGACAGUGAACGGCCACAAGUAUUCUGGUUUCUGCAUCGACAUGCUGGAUUUUAUUGCAAGGGAGCUGAACAUUAAAUACGAACUGUACCUUGUACCCGACGGGCUCUACGGUGGAAAGACUGAAGAUGGGACGUGGAAUGGGCUGAUUGGAGAAGUGUACUACCGUCGAGCUGAGCUUGCCGUGGCCGGCAUGGUCAUCAAUUCUGACCGGGAGGCAGUAGUAGACUUCACCAAGCCCUACAUGAACUACGGUGUGGGAAUUCUCAUGCGUAAACCACAGAAGAAGACCAACAUCUUUGCCUUCCUGGAGCCGUUGGAUUUCAACGUGUGGGGCUGCGUCCUUGCCUCGCUCUUUGUGGUCGGGAUAUUGAUCUAUAUCGUAGACCGACUCAGUCCGUACAGUAGUUUUAGGCGGGAAAACUCCAAUAACCAAGACGCAUUUGACUUGAAAAACAGCAUGUGGUUUGCCUUCGCGUCUUGCAUGCAGCAGGGUGGUGAUACCUCUCCUCUGUCCAUCUCUGGCCGUGUCCUGAGCGCCUUCUGGUGGUUCUUCGCCCUCAUCAUAACAGCCACCUACACGGCCAACCUUGCCGCCUUCCUGACCGUCACCCGCAUGGAGAACCCCAUCAACUCCCUGGAGGACCUGGCCAUGCAGAAGACCGUCGUCUACGGAACCAUCGUCAACAGCAGCCUGGCCCGCUUCUUCGAGAAGCGGAAAAACCAGCCCACAUACGAGCGGAUGUGGAGCUUCAUGUCCGACUCGGAUGUCAACCCCUGGGUGCCCAACGCAGAGGCGGGGUACAAAAGGGUACAGAACGAGGAGUACGCAUUUUUCUGGGACGCACCCAUCCUGGACUAUAUCAAGCAGAAGGAAUGUAAUGUCAUGACAGUUGGCAAGCCGUUUAACCUGAAAGGGUACGGCAUCGCUACACCACAACACGCUCCAUGGAGAGACAAGAUAUCACUGGUAAUUCUAAAAAUGCAGGAGGAGGGCCAUAUAGCGGAGCUACGGAAGAAGUGGUUCGAUCGGGAGUCCAGCUGCCCCGAGGAGAUGGACAACAUGAACGCCCAAUCCCGGGCCACGGACAUCAAUCUGGACCAGAUAGCAGGGGCCUUCUAUGUCUUAAUACUCGGGGCGGUGCUGUCCUUCGUCGUGGUCAUUGUGGAACACAUCUGGCACAAGCCUUCGUUUUACAAGAAGCGGCAGAAAGAGACGGGCAGGAUAACACUGGACUGGUCUGAGAAACUUCCACCUCGAGAGAUAAGAAAUAACGGUCUUUCCAACAUUGACAAUUGUUCUUCCAGUAAGCAUUUAGUUGUUCAGGAAAACGACUCUUUAGCAUUAACACCAUUACGGCCAAACCCAUGGAGUACAACAAGCAUGCCAGAGAGUGCGUGCUAGUAACUAUUAGUAGUACCACACCCCCAACUAGACACAGCUACCGGGGGACAAGCCUCAAAUCCACGGGGGCACUACUUUACUCACACACGGUCAAGAAGUUUAAGAAAGAGUACACCCAGCUUCCACAUCAGACACAACCAGACGUCUUCCUCAAACAAUCUGCACCCCAACAGCCAUCUUGGCUUUGCUCAAAUGCAUGGCAACCAACCCGAGAUUAUAGCAGAAGAUAAGUCUGGGAUCCCUUUUGAGUACAUUGUGAAACAAAGCGGGAAGAAGUAUAGUCUGUUCCCGUUUAACAUUACAGUGAUAUAUAACAUUGAUCUCACAUAGGAAUGCUAACUAAAUAUAACAACGAACUCUCUUCAAUCCAAUGUCACAAAAGUUGAGAAUAAAAUCGUUUACAAACCAAGCCAUCCAAUGCAAGGCUGAAUUGUAAAUAACUAUAUAAUUAUAUCUGUUUAAAGUAGGUGCCGGAAGGGUAAUAGUAGGCAAUGCUUUCAACACAUUACAAUUCCAUAGGAGAAACUUUGGCCGCUCCUCUCUAUACCCCUCUCGCCUUUCAAAGCUCUGACUGAGUUCAAGUAAUUUGACAGGUAUAGACAACUAAUAUUUUACAUAGGGCCUAAAUUGUUUAUGUUCAACUUCCAAAGUUUCUUUCAUGUCAACAUCAACUUUAAAAUUAGAAUUGGAAUGGUUUAUUUGCCAAUGCUUAAAAACAAUCACAGAAAUUUCUUACAGCAUCAAACACUCUAAACAUACGAUACAACAUAAAAACAGACUUUAGAACUACCAUGCUCAGUGGCAGAGUGUGCCCCACCCCCUCCCCCCUCUCGUACAGAAGUACCAACCAACACCAACCCCACCUCUUCUAAAAAAAAAAAAAAAAAAAAAAAAACACGACACUAACACACAAAUGAACGAAUCCUCUUGAGAAUUUCUGGGGCUACAGAGAGGGGGGAGCAACACCAUGUCUUAUAU